CAGUGAAAAUCUGAACGAUUUUUUUCUCUACCGAAUGAUUUAUACAUCGUGUAAAAGCUCUUAGAUUUUUCUUUUCUUUUCUUGGAUUUUUUUGUCGUUGUUACGUCUUAAGAUUUUUUUGUCGCCUGCAUCGAGAUUCCGCCAAAAGAGAACCGUCUUUGAAAAAAAGAGAGGAAUUUUUCGAUGCAACUGUAGGAGAUUAGGGUUUUCAAUGCCACCAUUAGAAAAUUGGAAAAGCUCUGGCCUUUUUCUGAAACCCAUAACGUUUUAGUCGUUUAUAGAGAUCCUCUGGUUCCAGAUUUGGUUUCUCUUGAUUAUAGUGGUUCCUAACCACAUCCAAACCUGAGGGAUGCAUUCGACGGUGCAGCAUGGUGGAAACAAAAGUGGGAAGCCCCAUGUAUGGGCUAACAACACUAAUCUGGCAAAGACAGUGGCAGCUUUAGAUGAGUUCAAAUCUGGAUUCCCUUCAAACGGUUUAACAACUGUGUCAAACAAAUGGUGGGGAAGGCCUGGGAAAAGCGGACGCGAAGAUGGAGGAGAAAAGAAUGCUGAAGAUGGAGAUGUCAAGGACGAAGCACCUUCCGUGAAGGAAAAUUCUUUGCUAGCUGUCAGGAAAAGAAUAGCGGAACAAGGAAGAGAAGCUGUUGAACUUGGUCUGCGUCAAGGAUUUGGUUCAAAAAGACCAGACAAGAGAGAUCAGGAUCUUCUGUCUCAGAUCUUCAAGUCUUCACUGCCAAAGGAUUGGUGUACUGAUUCUUCCUGAAUUCGUUUUAUAGGUUUAGAACAGAGCUUCUUCUUGAAUAAUGCUCUGUUAUUUCUAAUCCGUCAGUUCUUUAGUUCCUGCAAGGCUGCAACGAUGUUUUAUGCUUUUGUAAUCGAAAUGAAGAAGAACAUUCUGUAGU